GAUUUCUGCCAGCAUGGACGCGCUCCAAGCCAAGGUGCAGGCGCUGAACCUCAAGUCCAAGGCCGAGGACCGCGCCGCGAUGGACGCCGAGACGCAGGCCGCUGCGGCGCAGACCUUCUACGUCACGACGGCCAUCCACUACUCGAACGGCACGCCGCACAUUGGCCACGCCUACGAGAACGUGACGGCCGACGUCAUUGCGCGCUACCACCGGGCGUAUGGCCGCGACGUGCGCUUCCUCACGGGCACGGACGAGCACGGGCAGAAGAUCGCGCAGACGGCCGAGGCCGCGGGCAUGACGCCGCAGCAGCUCUGCGACAAGUACUCGGGCCUCUUCCAGCAGCUGGCCAAGGACCUCAACAUGUCGAACGACGACUUUAUCCGCACGACGAGCGACCGCCACAAGAGCUUUUGCCAGUACAUCUUUGGCCGCGCGCAGGCGAACGGCGACAUCUACAAGGGCACGUACGAGGGCUGGUACAACGUGCGCGAAGAGACCUUCGUCACGGAGAACGAGGCCGCGCAGACCAACUACAAGGACCCGACGUCGGGCCUCGACCUCAAAAAGAUGCAGGAAGAAUCGUACUUUUUCAAAAUGUCCAAGUACCAGAAGCGCCUCGUCGAGCACUUUCACGCGCACCCCGAGUUUCUCCAGCCCGAGACCGCGCGCCAAGCCAUCCUCAAGCGCUUGGAAGAGCCGCUGCACGACCUCUCGGCCUCGCGCACGACGUUCUCGCAUGGCAUCCCGCUCCCGGACGACCCCAAGCACGUCAUGUACGUCUGGUUUGACGCGCUCUCCAACUACAUGAGCGCGCUCGACUACCCGAACAACAAGGAGCUCGCCAAGUACUGGCCCGCGAGCGUCCACAUCAUUGGGAAGGACAUUACGUGGUUCCACACGGUCAUCUGGCCGUGCAUCCUCAUGUCGGCCGGCUUCCCGCUCCCGAAGCGCGUCUUCGCCCACGGCUUCAUCAACGCCAAGGACGGAACCAAGAUGUCCAAGUCGAUCGGCAACGUCGUCGACCCGUACGACAUGAUGACCAAGGUCGGCCUCGACUCGUUCCGGUACUUUGUCGUGCGCGGCGCGCGCUACGGUGCCGACAUGCCCUUCUCGGAAGACGAGCUCAUGGCGAUGCACAACUCGGACCUCGCCGACACGCUUGGCAACCUCGUGCACCGCGGCCUCACGCUCAGCGUCAAGUACGCCGACGGUACGGUCCCGGACGCGGUCGCGACGCCGUGCUUUGACGUGGCCGCGCUCCGGGCCGCGACGGAGGACGCGUACCAAAACUACAACCUCCAGGACGCCUGCAUCGCCUUCAUCGAGGCGGUCAAGGAGACCAACAAGUACCUCACGGACGCGGCGCCGUGGCACAUGACGGACGCGGCCGCCAAGCUCGUCGUCGUCCGCACGGUGCUGGAAGCGGUCUACAUCUUCGCGCAUUUCAUGUCGCCGCUCAUGCCCGCGACGGCUGAGUCGAUCUUCGCCAAGCUCCACACGCAGCCCAAGCCGCUCACGCAGCUGUCGUCGCACUUUGACAACCUCACGCACGGCACGCCGAUCGUCGUCGGCGACAUCCUCUUCCAGAAGGUGCUGACCGAGGCCGAGAAGGCGGCGCUGGAGGCCAAGAAGGCGCCGGCGCCGGCCCCCGUCAAGGCCAAGAAGGUCGAGCUGCCGCUCUUCGCGUCGACCGAAAUCCGCGUCGGCACGAUCACCAAGGUGUGGCCGCACCCGGACAGCGACAAGCUCUACUGCGAGGAGAUUGACGUCGGCCGCGACGCGCCGGUCCAGAUCGCGUCGGGUCUCCGCCCGUUCUACACGAUCGAAGAGAUGACCAACCGCAAGGUGCUCGUGCUCCUCAACAUCAAGGCGGCCAAGCUCGCGGGCUUCAAGUCCAACGGCAUGGUGCUCUGCGCGUGCAGCGAAGCCCGUGACGUGAUCCAGUUCGUCGAGCCGCCGGCCGGUGCUAUCAACGGCGAGCGCGUCACGAUCGCGACCGAGUCGGGCGACCCGGUGUCCGAAGGCCAGAUGAAGAAGCAAAAGGUGUGGGAGAAGCUCGCCGUCGACCUCAAGACCAACGACAAGGCCGAGGCGACGUACAAGGGCGUUGUCAUCAUGACCUCGGCCGGUCCCUGCAAGGCCGCGUCGCUCACCAACGUGCUCAUCAGCUAAGCGUCCCUCUACAUCUGUCUUUGCACAUGCCA